AUGGAGGAAACGAUAAUAAAAUCACUUGGUUCAAAAGAAAGGAUUAUUCGGUGUGUGAAUUGGUUAAAAGAGCAGAACGACCCUAAAAAACUUUCGCGGCAAAAUAAAAAUGACAUCCAGUUUAUAAUUGAAACUAACGCGCAUAGGAAGAAAUUUUUCUUGACAGCGGAAGAUGAUGCUACCGUCCCGCCGGGGGUUGAUGAGGUAGAACUAGAACCCAAGGUUGUGCCCCUUAGGUAUUUGCGAACUGAAAGAUUGUGCUUAGAAUGUGAGUGGCCGUCAUGUAAAGAAUUCUUUUCGGACUACACUGUCUUUCAGGCCCAUGUAGCUAGGCAUUGGACUGAUGUGACAGUUAUAGAAAAAGAUGGGAAUGAGGAGUAUGUAUGUCUUUGGGAUGUCUGCGGCCACAGAACAACUGAUAAGCUACAGAUGUUACGUCAUAUACACUAUCACGCCUAUCACGCUAAAUUAUUAGCCAUUGGUUUUAAUGCCAGAGCUACACUGAAAUUGGAACAAUGCAAGAAAGACUCUACCAAGAGGAACCAACUACCACCUCUCUUAGGAGACUUUUGUUGUAUGUGGUUUGGAUGCAAAAAAUUCUAUUAUUCUAUGCAGGCGUUCCUCGACCAUGUGAAGACCCACGUCGAUGCGUGUAUGAAAGACGAAAGGAUUUGCUCAUGGGCAGGCUGCGGCGCCAAGUUCGUAUUGAUUUCGUUGCUGCGUACGCAUGUGCGCGUCCACACGGGCGAGCGUAUGAUCGCUUGCUAUCAUUGUGGUACUCAUUUUGCACUAAAUCGGAAGCUUUGCGACCAUUUGUUGAGGCAGAAUGUAGACCCAGCUGCAGGUCACCAAUGUUCUAUAUGCGGGGAAUACUUCGCCUCCGAUUACCUGUUACGCGAGCAUGUUCGCCGCCACGUAUCGUGUUACGCGUGCACGCUGUGCGACAUGUCGCAGCCGACGCCGGCCGAUCUAGCACAUCACGUUCGCUACAGGCAUAUGGCGGGCGAAGAUGCGCGGCGUCACAUGUGUCCACAUUGCGAGUACAAGGCUGUUACAAAGUCCGAUCUACGCACGCAUCUCGUCGUACACAACCGUAAACAUAAAUCGAAAAACAGCUCCGACGAGUCAGAUGGCGAAGUAAAGAAAAAGAAGGUCGCCAAGAAAUACAUAUGCCAUAUGUGUCCGGAAGGCAAAACUACGAUAUUCGCCUGUGGGGCCAAUCUUACUAAGCAUCUGGUGAAAACGCACGGGGCACAGUGGCCGUGCGGUCACAGUCGAUUCAGGUAUCAAAAAAGCGAAGAUGGCAUGUAUAGGCUGACGACGACACGUUUCGAAGUCCUAGAAGUUUCUAAAAAGAUUGUCGACGGCUACCGCGGCCCUAAAGCUACUCUUACUAACAAGUACGAAUUUGAAAUUUCAAAAGUUUCUGAAUGCACUGCUACCACUCCUAGGAAAUACGAAAUAAGUAUAAAAAAUACCACGACACGAGACGAUGAGCAUGAACAAAAACAAGAAAAUCAAUCAGGAAAAAACCACAAGGAUGAUUUAAGAAAAGCGAAUAGACUAAAAGAGUCCGAAAGAAAGACUACAAAGAGAGUACCAAAGAAGAAAACGGUUAAGAAUUCAAAGAAAGCACCAAGGAAAAAGAUAAAUAAAUCUGAUAGCGAAGAAGAUCUAGCAAUACCUCAUCAAGAUUGUCAAAUCAAGGAAGAAGUUAGUCAAUCAUAUGAGACUGAAGUAGAAUCAGAGUUAAUCGAAUUUGAGGAAGACAAGGCAGAUGUUAAGAAAGAGAUUGAAACUUUGGAGGUGUAUGUUGAUGAGUCAGAGUCGGACAGUGAAGUGAAAGUAGAAAAUAACGCGUUGGAAAUUGAAAUGUGCGAUGUAGAUGAAUUUGGUAACAUAAUUAAUACAGCGCUCAUACAAUCUAAGAUUGUCUACAGUUAA